AUGUCAAAGGUAGAGAACAAUGAAAUUAACAAUCAAUCAUCAAUACCACAACAUCCAACUAUUAGUCCAAGUCAUCAAGGCCAAAGUGGACAUCCUGGCUCCAAAAGCUACAGAAAUAAUGAACAAUUAAGCGCUGAUCAUGAAGAAGAAAAAUUUGAAGAAUUAGUUGAAGAAGAAAAUCAAUAUGGCCCUGAAGAUGAAAAGAUUGAUUAUUCAGAUAUAUUUUUGAGAGAAUCUAAAGAUUUCCAAGAAAUCAUGUCAAGAAUGAAUGCUGUUCAUAUUAAUGAUAAUAAAGUUCAAAAUACCUAUGUACCAAAUGUUGAUAUUAUUGAAAAAAACUUAGAUAAAAAAGUUCAAAAUAGGUUUGUAUUUGAUGUUUUACCAUCAUUUGAAAUGUAUCGCUCCAUUCAAUAUUCAACUCCAAGAUUAUCUCAUGAUGAUGCUGAUUUACGUGAUACACCACCAGAUUAUUUCAAUUAUGAAGGUGGUAGUGAACUUUCGCCAACUGGUACAGAUACUCCAUUAACUUCAAUUUCUUCAGCUCCAGUCUCUUCUGCAGUUGGUGGACAUAGCCACUUAUUAUCUUCUAUCACAAGACCUUCAAGCUCAAAUCCUUUAUUGACUACUCAAGAAUUUGAAAGAAAUAUGGUUGAUAAAUCUCAUACUUUAAGAAAUAUUAAUACUCCAAAUAUUGAUAUUUCAAUCCAUGUAACAAAAGAUGUUCCACAUGCCAAUGAAGAAGUUGAAUUAGAAUCCAUAUUGAAAGAAUAUACUUCAGGUGAUAUUGUCCAUGGUUAUGUAAUUGUGGAAAAUUUAACAAAUUAUGAACUACAAUUUGAUUUAUUCCAUUUAACUUUAGAAGGAACAACAUGUAUUGUUGAUUAUGAAAAUAAAAAGCAAAGUAUUAAAAGAUUUCUAUCGAUGAUUGAUAUGAGUGCUAGUUGGUCACAUGGUGGUAUUUCUCCUUCAUCAAACAUUGCAUUUGAAGUUUUAUCAACAGAUCAUGAAGGUUGUAUUUUGGGCUUUAGAAAUGAUCGUAUUUUAUCACCACGUACCAAGUAUAAGAAAUUUUUCACUUUUAAAUUCCCAUACAAGUUAUUAGAUACUACAUGUCGUCAUCAACAAGAAGUUCAUACAUUAUUACCACCAAGUCUUGGUGUUGAUACUGUUAAAAAUUUUGGUAAAUAUUCAAGUAUUGAUGUUAAUCCAUUAUUAAGUUAUGGUCAUUUAGGUUAUAGAGGUUCACCAAUCAAAACUCAUGAUUUUUCAGGUGAUAAUUUGUCAAUAUCAUAUGGUAUUAAUGCUAAAGUUAUUGGAACUUACCCUAAAGAUCCUACUAGAUUAUGUGUUUUAAAACAUCAAGAGUAUGCGUUAAGGUUUAUUCCAUUUGGAUUUGGUGUACCGUUAUUUUCUUCGGAAGAAGAAAUAAAAUCACUAUACUCAAAUAUGGAACAUUCUUUAGAAAUGGCUCAACAUGCUCUUAGGUUGAAUCAAGAAGGUAAUAGUAAAGAAGUUGAAGCUUUUGAAAUGGAAUUGAAGAAUAGACAAUUAUCAACAUUGGAUUAUAGACCUGAAACAACAAAAAAGCAUUCAUCAAAUGAUUAUAGUAGUUUCCCUAUUAGGAAUGAAAAAUUUGGUAAAGAAGAUUAUUAUAAAGUUGAAACAGUUUUGAAUUAUAUUAAGGAUAAAGAGGAUAAAAAAUCAAAUUUUUUAAACAAAUUAACGAAAAAAUCUAAAUCAGAAACAAGUGGUAAUAAUGGAUUAGGAAGUGGUCUUUUAAAAAUUUCAUCUAAAAUCCCCAAAGAUGGUUUACCAUAUCUAUCACCAAGUUUAUUAAGGAAAACUAAUGAAUUGAAUAAAUUAAGUGAAGUUGGUUUACAAAAUUAUGAAGGAUUAUCAUCAUCAUUAUCAAAUAAUGAAAAACAAAAAUUAUCAACAUUGAAAAUUAAAUUAAAAUUCAUUCCAUCAGAUAAUUAUCAUGGAAUGAUUCCUCCAAAAAUUAAAACUAUUAAGACUUCAUUAGUUGCAUGGAAUAUAACUUCAUCACUAGCUAUUCCAAUUAAAUUAUCUUCAAAUAUUUUAACAUCAAAAGAAGAUUUGAAUGAAAUUAAAAGUAAAUCUUUUAAAUAUUUCAAACAAUUUAAAGAUCUUGAAGAAAAAUUUAAAUUAAUUGAUAUGGAUAUAGAUCGUUAUUUUGAUAAGUUUUUAUUAACAGAUUUAGAAUCAAUGACUGAUUUAAAUAUUGAACCAUUUCAAAUAAAUCCUUUUAAACAAUCAAUAAUUAAUGAAACGGAAUGGGUUAAUAAUAAUAAUGAAACAAGUUAUGAAGAAUUAAUCAAAAUUAUUGAAUUGAAAUUAGAUUAUAAUGAAGAUAUUUCAGAAACUUUAUUACCAAAUUUUCAAACUUGUUUAAUAUCAAGAGUUUAUUGUAUUAAAAUUGAUUUUAAAUUUUCAAAUGGUCAAACUGAAAAACUUCAUAUUCCAGUUCGUAUUAGAAAAUUUGAUGAUUUUUAA